AUGUCUCUGCCCGUGGUGCUCCCGGGCUCCUGCUGCCCGGUGGCCGGGCUGUCGGGCGGACCUCAGGCCGGGGGUCCCGGCACCGCGGCCGCCGCCGCUCAGGAGCCGCCGCUGCCCCCGCUGCGGCCGCGCUGGCCCCGGGCCGCGCUCGCGUCCCGCCGCCCCGCCGCGCCCGGCUCCGCGCUGCUGCCGGCGCGCCCGCUGCUGUCGCUCGGGCUGCUGCAGCUGAUCCUGGGCUGCUGCAUGGUGGCGCUCAGCUUCGGGGCGCUGUCGCUGAGCAGCUCGCCGCAGGUGAAGAACUCCUGCCCGUUCUGGGCCGGCUCCUCGGUAAUACUCUCCGGAAUCAUUGGAUUGACAACCUGGAAAAGGCCUAUGAUACUCCUGGUAAAUCUUUUCGUGCUGCUCUCUGUGGUUUGCAUCCUCUUAAAUCUUGCAGGAUUCAUCCUGGGCUGUCAAGGAGCCCAGUUUGUGUCCAGCGUGCCUAGAUGUGAUCUGGUGGACUUAGGUGAAGGCAAGAUCUGCUUCUGUUGUGAAGAAUUUCAACCAGCCAAAUGCACAGACAAGGAAAAUGCCUUGAAACUCUUUCCGGUUCAGCCUUGUAGCGCUGUUCACCUUCUGCUUAAGAAAGUCCUGUUUGCCCUGUGUGCCUUGAAUGCCCUGACCACCACCGUGUGUCUGGUGGCUGCGGCCCUGCGCUACCUCCAGAUCUUCGCCAGCAGAAGGCCAUGUGUUGACGAAUCCCAGAUGUCUGCCGAAGAAGUGGAAGAGCAUGGACGGAUUCCAGAUCCGGAUGACUUUGUGCCGCCGGUGCCUCCCCCUUCCUACUUCGCCACGUUUUACUCCUGCACACCUCGGAUGAACCGCAGGAUGGUUGGUCCUGAUGGCAUCCCGCUGCCGCAUAUCUAUGGAGCCCGAAUCAAGGGUGUGGAAGUCUUCUGUCCUCUGGACCCCCCGCCUCCGUAUGAAGCCGUAGUGAGCCAGAUCGGCCAGGAUCAGGAGUCAUCAUUCCAAAUGCCAGAAGGAGCAGAAGCUGCUGCGAGCCCACUGGAGCGGGUUUGCACACAAAUAUCGUCUCAAGGUGGGGUUCUUCCUAACGCAACCUGCGAUGAAAACCCAUCUGUAUCAACUCCUGUUUCCACCCUGGUGCCACCUCUGAGAAGCCGGAGAGCUUUCCCACCCCUGCGGGCAAGAUCAAAGAGCGACCCUGUGCUUCGCCAUUCUGAGGAAAGAGCUACCCCAGUGCUCAGCUGCGAAGCCGCGACUCAGACAGAAAGGAGGCUAGACCUGGCCUCGGUGACCCUGAGGAGAGGUGCGAGACCGAGGGCGUCGAGAUGCAGACCCCGCUCUUUGAUAGAUUACAGGUCUUACAUAGACACGAAGCUGCUGGUGGCCAGGUUCCUGGAGCAGUCCUCCUGCAGCAUGACUCCGGACAUCCACGAACUCGUAGAGAACAUAAAGUCGGUUCUGAAGUCCGACGAGGAACACAUGGAGGAAGCCAUCACGAGCGCCAGUUUCCUAGAGCAGAUAAUGGCCCCCUCACAGCCCAGCACGGCGCAUGUGCUGAGCUCCACGCACGCGCUGACCUCCAGGAGACAGCCGGGCCUGCUCCAUCUGCGCAGCUGUGGAGACCUGAGCACCUUUUCCCUGGCAGGAAGGCCGAGAGCUGAGAGGAGGCCCCAGCAGCGAGCCGAGGCUGACCGCCCACACAGCCUCAUCGGUGUCGUUCGAGAGACUGUCCUGUGAACUGAGUGACCUGGAAGGCCAGUCCAGAAGAAGGGUGUCCCUCCUCAGUGCUGCGCACUGUCUGGGAAUUGGGGGUACCUCCUCUGGGAACCCCUCACCAGCGGUCCUCGGGAGAACGCUUAUUUCUGCUCGUUGGCUCCUUUUUCUUUUUUUGUGCCUGUGAGGGCACGCAGGUGAAAUGGGUGAAGUGGGUUCUUCCCGGCCCUUCCAGUCUGCGGGUUCCCCAUGGGAGGCAAAGGCAGGGAGUGCUCCCUGUGUGCUGCAUCUCCAGGCAUCCCCAAAGGGCAGGCCCUGGGUGAGCAGGAAACACGAAGACUCACCCCUUACGGCUCUUGUUGUUGCCAAGUUCAUUCCCUGCUGUAAGGGGAGAGCUGCUGGGCUAUUUAUAGCCGCCCGCGGCCUCUGGCUGCUCAGUGAGGGGAACUGGCAGGAGACACCGCUAUGAUUAGCACCAUGUGACUGCAGUCCUCCUUUAGGUCACCCUCAGUCCCAUCCUCGUUAGGAAAAGCAGGAGAACUGCUAAAUGAUUUUUUUUUUUUAAAUGAAGGACGUUAAGGGAGAGGACUAUUCUUGAUUCCAUUUAUUCAUGCUUGCAAACUAGAACACCUAAGACAAAACAGAAUAAAGUGUUGACCUUGGAA